GCGGCACCGCGGGAGCGCCAGGGCCGCGGCGGCGGGAGCGGCAGCCUCUCGGCCGGCGGCAGCGGCCCCCGGUGCGUGGCCUCCGUCGGCGGCCCUCUGCCUUCUUCCUUCUCCGCGUUCCCCUGGGGACGGCUUCGGGCAAGCCUCCCCUCGCCGCCCCCGCCCCGUUCUCUUCCUCUCCGCUUGCUUGCGUGUGAGGUAAACUCGGCGUGUGGUGCCUACGCCGCCGUUGCGUUUCAGGUGAGGGGGGGGGGGAAGGAGAAAGAGAGCGGGGAGGCACUCGCUCCCCCUCCCUCCUCAGCGCCUCUCCGGCGGCCGCGGGCGCGAAACCCCGCCGCUCCCUCGCUUCUCUUCUGCCGGCGCGGUACAACAGCCCCCUUCCCAAAAUGGGCUGCACGCUGAGCGCCGAGGACAAGGCAGCGGUGGAGAGGAGCAAGAUGAUCGACAGGAACCUGCGAGAGGAUGGCGAGAAGGCGGCCAGGGAGGUCAAGCUGCUCCUCCUAGGAGCUGGUGAAUCAGGGAAAAGCACAAUUGUCAAACAAAUGAAGAUUAUCCAUGAAGCUGGUUAUUCAGAAGAAGAAUGUAAACAGUACAAAGCUGUUGUCUACAGUAACACCAUUCAGUCCAUUAUUGCUAUCAUUAGAGCAAUGGGGAGGUUGAAAAUAGACUUUGGUGAUCCAACCAGGGCUGAUGAUGCUCGUCAACUCUUUGUGUUAGCUGGAGCAGCAGAAGAAGGAUUUAUGACUGCAGAGCUUGCUGGAGUUAUCAAGAGACUGUGGAAAGACAGUGGAGUUCAAGCUUGUUUCAACAGAUCUAGAGAAUACCAGCUUAAUGACUCUGCUGCCUAUUACUUGAAUGACUUGGACAGGAUAGCACAAACCAGCUACAUUCCAACGCAACAGGACGUUCUCAGGACUAGAGUGAAAACUACAGGAAUAGUGGAAACUCACUUUACUUUCAAAGAUCUUCAUUUUAAAAUGUUUGAUGUUGGAGGCCAAAGAUCAGAGCGGAAGAAGUGGAUUCAUUGUUUUGAGGGUGUUACAGCAAUUAUUUUUUGUGUGGCAUUAAGUGAUUAUGACUUGGUCUUGGCUGAAGAUGAGGAAAUGAAUCGGAUGCAUGAAAGCAUGAAAUUGUUUGACAGUAUCUGCAACAAUAAAUGGUUCACAGACACUUCUAUUAUUCUCUUCCUGAACAAGAAAGAUCUUUUUGAAGAAAAAAUCAAAAGGAGUCCUCUCACUAUUUGCUACCCUGAAUAUGCAGGAUCAAACACUUACGAAGAAGCAGCUGCUUACAUUCAAUGUCAGUUUGAAGAUCUGAACAAGAGAAAAGACACGAAAGAAAUCUACACUCACUUCACAUGUGCCACAGACACAAAAAAUGUGCAGUUUGUUUUUGAUGCUGUAACUGAUGUCAUUAUUAAAAAUAACCUUAAAGACUGUGGCCUCUUCUGAGAACAGACAAAAGGUUGUUAAAUGGUAAAUUACAUGCUUGAAAACAGGACUUAGGCAUUUGGAAUAUGCCCAUGCUGUGUAAGACCUACAUAGAUAUACUUAAUUCUCUUUUAUUUUAUUUCUAGGUUUGGAGAAUGACUUCGCACAAUUCUAAUCUGAUUCUUUUCAAGGUGAAAAAUACAAAAUACAUUGUGCUGAAUGAUAGAUCAGUACUGUACUUGCCUGUUUUAACAGCUUUAUUUAUGUUUGUCUUGUAAAUUUAAGUAAUUAGUUAACACUGAGAUGUCAGUUGAUUGUAUGUAAACUUAUAAUUGUAGUAAUGUAUUUGUAUAAACGUUGAACGGAAUAUUUUAGUAACUCAAUGUCCUCUAAAAUUUCCAUGUUUUAUGAAGAUACUCUUAGAGGAGACAGACACUUUUUGCCUUUGGAUUAUUUAAACAUCUUGUAAAAUUAAAUUUUCUUUUCAUCUUAAGGGUGCAUGCUGCCUUUUUCUUUUGUUGGUAAUACUGUAUAUGGCAUUAGCUUUUUUGAUAUUUAAUCAGCCUCGUACACCUGCUCAGACUUAAAAGAAACAUAACCAAUAAAACUUGUUUUUUGCCUUAAGUUUUGAAAAACAAUCUUUUUAUAAAUUUAAGAUAAAUGCAAAGAUUAUUUUUUAAAUUUAAAUGAAAUCCACAGUUUAUGAAAUCUGGGCUUGCAGUCUUUGCAGUGCAAAUGUGGCAACACUGAGAAAUUGAAUUUUAAGGUUCAACUAUCAUUGAAGCUGAUGGAAAUGCAACAAGGAAGUUGUUAAAACCAUUCAUAUCAAUAAAAAAAAAGUUUGAAACUGUGGUCUUUACUCAGUGGAGUGAAUGGCAAAAUCACCUUUGGGGUUUUUUUAAUAGAUCGUUAAGAAAGGCUGGACUGCAGAGUAGUAUUUUUUUCUGCUUACUUAAGAAGUAAAAUCAUGUUCUCCUUAAACUUUUUGCUAUUUUCUGAUAAUAAAACUAGUUUGAUAAUUUAAUAACCAUAGAAAUAUUAGGUUCUCCCACACGACAUGGCACAGUGGCUUCACAGAUUAAAGUAAUUUCCUGUUGCAAAUAAAAAGAAUCUUCAGUAUUUUGGAUAGGGUGCUUUAGUGACUUGCAAAUGCUGAUUCUUUAAUUUCCUCUAAUUAUAAUUAAAGUAUCACAGUUUCUUUAAAUAAUAAGUUAAAGAAUAUGAUUUUCUUCUGGUUAUGCUUUCAUUAUGUGAUUUGCUAUCUUAGGUACAUAUCAUCCAUUGCCUUAUGGGUAGUGCCAAAACUGAUUUUUUUAUACAGAUUUUAAAAUAAAUAAGCAUCUAUUUGUAAAUAAGUUCACGGAUGGUUGUCUUAAAUGUACGUCAUCUAGAAAAUACAAACGUACCAAACUUGGAAAUAUGAUUUUCUAUAAUUGUUAAAAUAUUUCAGGCAGCUACAGUACACCGUAAGUUCUUUGAGAAGUAAAUAAGUCUUUGAACCUGUUGCUUUUUUUCUGUAUUAUCUUAGCAUUUAUGUUCUUAGAAAAGUUCAACCAAAAUAUUUAAGUCAUUGUUCUGUUAUUUAAUUUUUGAUUGUGUAUGUGUUUCAUUUAGGCUUCAGAUAGCUUGAGUAAAACUUAUCUGUACUGCUUAUUCUUUAAUGCUUCCUGUGUUAGGUACAGAAUUGCUAAAUGUGUUUCAAAUGAAAGGUUAGAAAGGAGAUAACUUAUUACUGGAGGUUGUUAAAUAUAUUCAUACAUUAUGAGCUCUUUCAGCAGUUAUGGUAAGCAAUCUGUAUAUCCUGGGCUGCUUUUAAUUGUGCUUUACGGUUCUGGAUACAUAACUGAUUUUAAAUCUCAUUGAACUACCUUGUGGAAAUUGUAUUUACACCUAUGUUCAAGUUGGGUUUUGUACUUAAUGUAAAACAAAAAUUGGGAUCAAUCAAAUUACAUAAAUAAAUCUAAAUUUUGUGCCUUGCUUGAAA